AGUUGCAAGAGCCAACACUUAUGGCCGGUGGAACUAAGGAUACGGUCAGUGCCCACAGUUUUGAUUCAGAUUCGGACAUUGAGAUGCAGGAGCUGUGUAACAAAAAGGACGACGAGAUAAGAGCUCUAAAGGAAGAGCUUGAAAACCAAAGACGCCGAGUAGCUGAACUGGAAGCCUCUGGUAGUCGUGAAGAACACGCAGACUGGCUGGCACACGCUGGUGAGCAAGGAUUGUCGGCACGUGAGCUCCAACGAUUUGUCGAGCAGGACCUCCACACCGCGAGAACCCAAGAUACAAUGGGCGAAUAUUUGAGAUACGUGGCCUUGCCUGAUGUUUCGCCGUACUCAGGGAAAGAAAAGGAGUACUCAUUCGAAAACUUUGUUGAAGCGUUUGAGUUGAAAUAUCCCGGCCAAUAUUGGAUGAUAAAGAACGCUCUACUGGGAUACUGGGACGAAUCUUGUCAUACACAAGAGGCGCAAGAAGGGCCUGGUAGCGACAUGUAUGAAAGGCUGAAGGAUGCCGCAAUGAGAGUCGAAAGGAGGCAUUUGGCUCUCGAAAAUCGCGCAAGGACUAAGCCUUCAUCAAGCCCAUGGACGCAGAAGAAAGGGAAAAGCUUUCAGAUGAGACACCCAAAAGAAGUCCAUGUGGAACAGAAGCUGGAAAGCAGUAAAGCUGAUCUGGAAAAAAAAACAGAGCGACCAAAGAAGCACAGGAGACACUCCGGCAGACAUACUGUGCAGUCAAGGCAAGUCGAUGUCUGUGAAGAAAAGGUUGGAUACUUUGUUCGAGUUGUUAAUCAGAAACAGGAAUGGAAGAGUGCUAAGAUGCAAGAGAUUGUACAAAAUAACAAUGAUGUUUUUGCAGUAGAAGACAGCGAGUUGACGCAAACCUCUUUGGUAACUCACGAUGUCGACACGGGCAACACCUAA